CCGCGAGCGGUGGAGGGCGCGGAACAGAAAGAGACGCGGUGCAGCUGCCGGUGUUGCCGGUGAGCUGUGAGUGCCCGCAGGCCGCGGACGAUCCUCGGCAACAUUUCUGUCCUCAGCAGGAUGUGUGCGUCUCCUGGCGCAGGAGCCACGGCGGGCGAGCGAGGGCACCUCGCGUGUGCGCGGCUCCGUGGAGCGGGGCGAGCGGCAGCGCGGGCUGCGAGCGGCGGCGGGCGCGGUGCCACCGCUCACCGCUGGGUGGUGCUGCAGGCCAAGGCAGCGCCGAGCGGCUGCGGCAGCGGAGGCGGCCGAGCCCGCAACAGCCGCCCCGAACAGCCCAGCCCAGAGCRGAGCGACCGGGCCGAGGUGGCAGCGGCUGAGACGGAGAGCGCUGUCCCAUGUCACGGGGACACCCCGGCUGCUUUACGGGCCGCCGGCCGGAAUCUGACACAGCGAGGGAAGGCGCCCGACACCSAUUUCGCCGCUUUCUACGCGGAAUCGCCCGGGAGAUCCGAGAGACGGAGGCUGCCCGCCGCCUCAGCUGCCGCCGCAGCGCCAUGGCGAUCGCAAGGCAAGUGCUUUGUCUGUCUGCUUUCCUCUCCCUGCCGCACGUUCGCUCCGUGCCCAUCCGCUACUCCGUAGCCGAGGAGGCGGAAAGCGGCUCCCUGGUAGGCAACCUGGCGGAGGACGCGGGGCUGACGCCGGCGCAGCUGUCGGCUCGCCGCGCCCGCCUGGUGUCGGAGGACGGCCGGCAGCAUUUUCGCUUAGAGCGCGGCUCCGGCCGUCUCGUCGUGGCGGGGAGGCUGGACCGGGAGGAGCUGUGCGGGCARUCGGCCACCUGCAUGCUCCCCUUCGAGCUGCUGCUCGCCAACCCCCUGCAGUUCUUUCGGGUCGAGGUGGCUCUGGAGGACAUCAAUGACCAUUCUCCCAUCUUCCCUGAGGAGCGAGUCACUUUUGACAUCUCAGAAAAGAGCGACCCGGGCUCUCGUUUGCCGUUGGAGGGAGCUGGGGACCUCGAUAUUGGGAGUAACAGCAUCCAGGCAUACAGCAUCUCUCCUGAGAACGAGUACUUUAGUGUCUCCUAUGGCAGUCGGAGUAAUGAUGACAAAUAUGUUGAACUCGUUUUGGAAAAGCCUCUAGACAGAGAACAGCAGUCCGAGAUGAAUUUCGAUGUUAUUGCUGUUGAUGGUGGCUCUCCUGCAAGAACUGGCAGCACCCAAGUGAAAAUUGUCAUUCUAGAUGCCAAUGACAAUGCUCCCAUAUUCACACAGGAGGUGUACAUUGGUCAGGUUUUAGAAAACAUGCCAGAGGGCUCUGUGGUUCUGACAGUGCAGGCAACUGACCCGGAUGCAGGAGUUAAUGGAGACAUCUCCUAUCAACUCAGCCAGUCACUGGGAGGAAGCGACUCAGCAUUUGUGAUUGAUUCCAUAACUGGUGAAAUUAAACUCACUAAACCGCUGGACUUCGAGGAUUCAGACCACCAUGAACUCCGUGUGAGAGCCAGAGAUGGAGGGGGCCUUUCAGCAAUCUGCAAAGUGUUGGUGGAGGUGGUGGAUGUGAAUGACAAUGCCCCAGAGCUGGUGGUGAGUUCCUUCAGCAGUCCCCUCCCCGAGAACACUGUGCCCGGCACCGUGGUUGCCCUGUUUAGUGUCAGGGACCGGGAUUCUGGUGCCAACGGSAAGAUCUCGUGUGCCCUCGASGAUCAGCUCUUCUUCUCGCUGCGGCCAGCCUAUAAGAAUUACUAUGAGCUGGUGACSGUGAGCGCGCUGGACCGGGAGGAGACAGCUCAGUACAUGCUCACGGUCACAGCAGCAGAUGCGGGCUCACCUCCUCUCACAAGCACKCACACCUUCACCGUGGACAUCUCGGAUGUCAACGACAAUGCGCCCGUCUUCAACCAGACAUCUUACACCAUGUACGUGCGUGAGAACAAUGUCCCCGCCGUGUUGGUUGGAGCCGUGAGCGCUGCAGAUGCUGACGUGGGGCUCAAUGCCAAGGUGACCUAUUCCCUGGCACCAGUGCAGCCGGCAGAGCAGCGUUCCUGCUCGUGCAUCUCGGUGAACUCUGAGAACGGCCACGUGUUUGUGCUGCGGCCCCUGGACUACGAGCAGCUGAGGCAGAGCGAGGUGACAGUGAGUGCCUCUGACGCGGGCUCUCCUCCGCUCAGAGCCAACGUCACCGUGCGCCUCGUGGUGCUGGACGAGAAUGACAAUGCACCCGUCGUGCUCUACCCGGCCCAGGACAGCAGCCCUCCGUCCACCGAGCUGGUGCCCGUGUCGGCUGAGGCGGGCUACCUCAUCACCAAAGUGGUGGCCGUCGAUGCCGACUCCGGCCAGAACUCGUGGCUCUCGUACCACCUGCUGAGGGCCACCGAGCCCGGGCUCUUUACGGUGGCUGUCCAAAGCGGGGAGGUGCGUCUGAGGAGGCCGGUGACAGAGAGGGACACGGUGAAGCAGAAGCUCGUUGUCCUGGUGCGGGACAACGGGAAGCCAGCACUGUCAGCCACCGCGGCUCUGAGCGCCCUCCUGCUCAAGGACUUGUCAGACGUGCGCCUCCCGCACAGCAGCCCGGCCACAGAGGAUGAGGGCGGCUCCCUGACAACCUAUUUAAUCAUUUCCUUGGUCUUUGUGUCACUCCUCUUCCUCAUCUCCACUGCAGUCUUUGUUGCUCGCAAGGUGUGCAAGAGAAAGGAGCUGAAGGCUGGCCCUGUGCUUUAUGGUGCCGACAACUUGCAGAGCAGCCUGGCCGAUGCAGCCGCUGCCGGGACCCUGCCCCGCGCCUAUUGCUACGAGAUCAGCCUCACCACGGGCUCGGGCAACAGCGAGUUCAAAUUCCUCAAGCCCAUCGUCCCCAGCCUGCCAGCACAGCACUGCGCCACGGGCCAGGGUCCUGCUGAUGAACAGGAUUUCCCUUGUGUCCCUGUGAGCACAGAGGACAUGGCAGCAGACAAUGCUGGGACUCUCUCUGCGGGACAGUUCAACACUCUUUCCUUUAACUAGCACGGAGUCUGCACAGCCAAAAUUUUAUGUGUAUUGGGAAGAAGGGGUCUAGGCCGUUUCCUGUGCAAUGGUUUCUCCAGAGUGAAUCCAUAUUUGCAACUGACUUAUCAAAUUUCUGACAAAUUCUCAGUCAGAAUGAAAUAUGCCUCUCGCGUGUAAACCUAACAAGGAAAAGAAAGCAACUAAGGUUCUUUCACUCCGGUAGUAAUAUAUUUCAGCUUUUUUAUAUUCUUCUCUGGUCGAUUUUAGGAAUAGGGUUAGCUCCACUAUAGCCAGCUAUGGUCUUGUGUCAGCCUGUCCGGCAAGACCAUGGAUUUCUUACCUUUGUCUGUAACACAAAGACACUGAAAUGCAUAUAGGCCUCGUUUUGAAUCAGAAAAGCAGGGAAGUUAUGAGUACAAUUGUGAUGCAAUUAUAAGGCUCAAUCUUUCCUGGAUUCUGCAUGUCUCUCUCUGAGACAUGUGGCUUCUGUGUGUUUUGAUUUCUGUCUUUUUUGUCUUUCUAUACAGCCCCUGUGUGUCUGCACAGGCUGCAUUGUUUGUACCUGGUGAACCAGGGAGUUCUUCCAUUCAGAUGUUGUCAUGCAGAGGCGUCCAGGAGACUUAGAAAGAAGGGUGUUUUGAUCCUUUGAUUACAUCAGUAUUAUAUUUUCUUGUGCAGCAAAAUGCACAAGAUCCUUCUUUAGCCCAUAAAGUUUUCUGUUUUGUCUCUUUGGGAUUGCCUUGGAAAUGCAGUAUUACAAAUAGUGUUGGGUUAGACUGUAGCUGUGCAGAGUUGUGAAAGCACGUUCAMUAUCUUUGGGUGAAUUGCAUGAAAACUACACAUGUCCUUCAAAGACAAAUUUAUGAAGGUUGUAUCAAAGAAGGACUUCUGAAAAGGACAUUGAAUUUGGUCUCAUAUUCUUUUCUGAAUUCAGUGUUUUAUUGAUGUGGGAUUGGAAGGCUGACCCCUCAUGAUUUUCUCUGUUAACGCAUUUGUGUUCUCCUCCUUGUCAUCUCAGCAUUUACUCUCUGAACUUUGUAUUAGCAUUUUCCUUCCUCUUCUCCUUAAGGCCACCCCAUGAAUAAUAACUGAUUUGAUGAGUGAUGUCUGUGAUGCACGAAAUGUUCAGAAAGCCCCAGGCUGUGUUGGGCUGAUGCUAUAAACUGUAACCUUCUACACUGUUAUACCCCUGAGUGUAAAAACUAAAAUAAAAGGAACACCUGAAUA